UCAGAAAUACAGUUGAAUGAUCGGGUGUUAAAAAAGUGACAAAUUACUUGGUUUAGGCCUAGGUCCUUGAGGUUGAAACAGCAUUACAGCACAUAAUAUUGCCUCUGUGCAAAGAGUCAAAGUAUGUUUGGGAAGAAGAAGAAAAAGCCCAUCAUCUCUGCCCCUACAAACUUUGAGCACAGAUUUCACACAGGCUUUGACAGACAUGAAGGAAAAUUUGUAGGCCUUCCACCACAAUGGACCAGUUUAAUCCAGACUCAACAAGAUAGACCAAAACCCAUAGUGGACCCAUCAACUAUAACACCAACUGAAAUGAUUAACAUGAAAUCUCACACCAUUGUUCGAGGUGGAAGCUCUUCUCAAAUCAGAAAUGGGCCAGUUUCAAUCACACGAUCCAACUCGCUAAGGAAAGAAAGCCCUCCUCAACCUCGACGGGACUAUUUAAGUCGCCUCCCUCCCCCAGUACCUGAAGAUGAAAGUAUGCUACCUGUGCAAUCUCAUGAGGUCCCUCCUCAUGUUCACCAAAUUCAUCAUGAUUCUCAUAUCCAUCCACACUCACACCCCCAGUUUCACCCUGGCCAACUACAGUGGGGACAUGGCCAUCCAGUAAACUUUUAUUCAGAGAAUCAGGGAAAUCAUAUGGGUGGUAGCCACUCCUAUCUACAGAAUGCAAGAGAACAUGCUCCUUCUCAAGGCUCUGUUCCCUCUUGGGACAGAACUGAUGGUGGAGAUAAUAGUAUGCUUCCUGGUGUCCAGUUAGGUAGGGAACAAGAAAAAAGCCCUGCACCAACUAGUCUGCCAGGUUAUACCUCUAAAUCAGGUCUCAUGAUUGAUAACCAGAGUUGUCUACAGUCACAAAGCUACCAAGAGCAACACCCAUCCAUGAAUCCUAACUUUCAAACAGGUAAUCAUCAUGGACCCAUGCUUCCAUCGCUUAUCUCCAAUGGUGUCCCUUUGUCAAGUCCACUUGAACCUCCUGUCAUGGAAAAACAGUACAGGGAUUCUCAAUCAUCAUCAGGUUCAACCCAGCAUUCUGGAAACCGUAGUGGUUCUCAUAGCCCUAUUUUGAAGAACAGCAUGUCUCAGAACCACUUAAACCAUCCAAGAGACUUAAAAUCCUCAAAAAUGUAAAGAAUGAAAGAACAAGAGAUCUUUCUCCAAAACCACCUGUCUCAGUACCGAAAAACAAAGUUAUGAGUCCCAUGUUGGCUAGUAAUGGUCAUCAUCCAAAGUCAGCUAUUCCUGGCCAUGAUCAUCACUCCAAGUUGACUGUCCCUAGCCAUGGUCAUCACCCUAAGUCAGCUGCCCCUAGCCACGGUCAUCAUCCAGAACAUAACCCCAAGUCAACUGUCACUAGAGACAGUCAUCACCCCGAACAACACUCUAAGUCUGUUGUCUCUGGCCAUGGUCAUCCUCCAGAACAAAACCUUAAGUCUGCUGGCCAUGGUCAUCAUCCAGGACAAUACUCUAAGUCUGCUGUCCCUGGCCAUGGUCAUCAUCCAGAACAACACCCUAAGUCUGCUGUCCCUGGCCAUCACACAGAACAACACCAUAAGUCUGCUGUUCCUGGCCAAAGUCAUCAUCCAGAACAACAAAGAUUAUCACAUGAGCAGUUCCGAGCAGCUUUGCAGAUGGUUGUAAGUCCAGGAGAUCCAAGAGAAGACCUGGAAAAUUUUAUCAAGAUAGGAGAAGGUUCAACUGGCAUUGUGUGCAUUGCUACCGAGAAAUCUAGCAACAGGCAAGUGGCAGUGAAGAAAAUGGACCUUCGCAAACAGCAAAGAAGGGAGCUCUUGUUCAAUGAGGUAGUGAUAAUGCGAGAUUAUCAUCAUCCAAACAUAGUGGAGAUGUACAACAGUUUCCUCGUGGGUGAUGAACUCUGGGUUGUUAUGGAAUUUCUGGAAGGAGGAGCCCUGACAGAUAUUGUAACUCAUGCAAGAAUGGAUGAAGAACAGAUUGCAACUGUUUGUAACCAGUGUCUGAAAGCUCUUGCUUUUCUUCACUCUCAAGGUGUCAUCCACCGAGACAUUAAGAGUGAUUCUAUCUUACUAGCUAGUGAUGGGAGGGUGAAACUUUCAGAUUUUGGUUUUUGUGCUCAAGUCUCCCCUGACCUCCUUAAGAGGAAGUCCCUAGUAGGCACCCCUUACUGGAUGGCUCCUGAAGUAAUAUCUAGGUUGCCAUAUGGACCUGAGGUGGACCUGUGGUCUCUAGGUAUAAUGGUGAUUGAGAUGGUUGAUGGUGAACCACCAUUCUUCAAUGAACCACCUCUGCAGGCUAUGAGAAGGAUACGAGACAUGCCUCCUCCUAAACUAAAAAACACCCACAAGGUAUCUCCCAGGUUGCAGGGAUUCCUGGAGAAAAUGCUCCUUAGAGACCCUUCUCAGAGAGCCACAGCAUGUGAACUUCUUCAGCAUCCCUUUCUGAGGCAGGCUGGACCACCUAGCUUGCUUGUUCCCUUGAUGCGAAGCUUCAGGCACAGUCCUUGCUAAAGCUGAAGACGUUUUUAUCCAUGGAUACAUAAAUAUGAUAAUUUGUUAUAUGUGGUGUGUUGGCUACAUCAUCCAGUAGUUAAGAAGUUGUACGUACCUCAUACUGUAUGUUCUUUGUUAAAUCCUGGUGCUCUCCACAUGGCCUGAUGUGCCAAGUUAUUGACCAAAAAAUUAACUCAAUAUAGAAUUUUCUCUUCUGAGCUAAAACUCAAGAAUUAUGUGUUUUGAAUAUAUUUUUACAUGCCCUAUUUGAAAACCUUUUUUUUUUGAUAAACUUAUGAUUGCUACUGCAGUCAAGGUCUGAAAAGUUAAUGCAAAUGAAAUCUGUUUUUGGUUUUGGUUUUUAGAUGUGGUGACUUAUGAGGAAUAGUUUUAAUGGAAUGAUGUUUUCUAACAAAUCCUAAUGUUGUCUUUAUAUACAAACAUAUUAUGUCACAGGGUCAGACAAAAGGUCAUUUGUUUGUACUCAUCUCCAACAGCAGAUAAGGGUUUUCUUUACAAGUACUCACCUCUCUAUCAAAUUGAUUUGUCAACUUAAGAUUUUAACUAUACAGCCACCUUAACAAAAUAUAAGCCAUAGUGUAUAUAUACAACAUUUAUAAAUAUAAGUGAUCAGCUUUUGUAGUGACAAUCAAAGAAAGGCCUGCAGGUGAAGAUAGUUUUCAAUGAGAUGCACCAAUAACACUGAAGUCUUCUUUAUGAUAUAUUGAAUAACUCAGGCUCCCUGUUUUACUGUGCCAUAGAAAAGCAGUUUUCAUAAAUGACUCCAGAGAAAUCUGUUAUAAAGGUUCUAUUGACACAGAGUCCUCCAAUUUAAUGGUUAAUUAUGUUCAACAACAAACAGGUCCCAGUUUUUAUAAAAUGCUUUACUUAAUAACAUAAAGAAUUUUCACUCUGAAAUUGAUAACCAUGUAUAAAAAAAGUAUGUCUGCAUAUACUUUCAGCAACAGUCUUUACUGAUUUUCAUGACUGUUUAACUACAAUAGUUUUGCAGGAAAGGUAUUUAUUUCUUGGGUGAAUGGAAAUAAUAUCAUUAAAGAACAAUAAUUUAAUCAUUAAAAACCAUUACUUGCUUGAAAAUGCAUAUGUUAAUUUUUUUUUUAUUUAUUUAAAAGUGUCAAAAGUCCACUUAGGCCUAUUUAAUUGCGUUAGAAUUUCAGUUGACAAGCCAAACUACCUUUCCCUAUUUCUAACACACUAGUAUUCUGUGUAUAAUUCACUUAUGAUCGUGGCAUGAGUUACCACAGUAAUAUACUGCUCUUCCAGUAAUCAUUUGGUCUUCUUCCUUCAAAAUAUUCUAUGUUCCUUUUGUCAAAGUGCACUCAGAAUUUCAGUUGACAAGCCGAACUACCUUUCCCUAUUUCUAACGCACUAGUAUUCUGUGUAUAAUUCACUUACGAUUGUGGCAUGAGUUACGAUAGUCAUAUACUGCUUUUCCAGUAAUCAUUUGGUCUUAUUCCUUCAGAAUAUCCUCUGUUCCUUUUGUCAAAGUGCACUCAGGCUGAUUCAGUUGCUUUAGAACCACGCUUUUUUACUGUUUCUUACUCUAACAUAUUUAACGUUAGGCCUAUCACUUUUACGACAGUUAACUUCAUGCCGACCUUAUCCUUGGCCGUGACUUUACUCUCUGCUGCUUUCGUUCAUAUCACACUAUUCAUAUGUUUAUCACUUAAUCGUAUACCCAUCUUCUAGAAAUCUAUAUUUUUGACGUCAGUGUAUUAUACGCAACAUUCGAUAGUCUCAACAUCAUUGAGUUGUAAACACAACUUCCAAUUAUCAUCUGCUUUUAAUUCUUAUUAAAAAAACUAAACAAUCAUGAAAUAGUAACUUACAAAAUAAAUUAAUUAAUAAUAUCUACUCUAAACAGGCUUUUAACACAAAGUUAUGGCUUUAUUUUUAUUUAAAUUAUAACUUUUUCUUAGAAAA